GACCCGCCAUUAACCCAGAAGAAGAAGAAGGAGCGGAAGAAAAAAAAGAACAGCCCAUAAUAACAGAAAUGGAAACGCAAACAAAAACCCAAAUGCUACCUUUCCUCUGCGACAAACGUUCGAGAUAAAAUAUCACCGCCUCUUUGUUUCAGCCACAGCUCCAUGCGCACGCUAUCGAUAGUGGGUACAUGACGGAACUGGCUAGCGAUAGCGAUGCUAACGUGACAGCAAAAUGGGAGACUCGAAGACUCGAACUCGGCGUUCAUCAUUUUAGGCGGAAUUUGUGCCAGUGACUUUUUGGUUGGUCCACGAUUAAAUAAACCACGUCUUCAAAAUGAAGUUUACUGAGCAUCUUUCCGCUCACAUCACACCGGAAUGGAGGAAACAAUACAUUCAGUACGAGGCUUUUAAAGAGAUGCUAUAUGCUGCUCAGGACCAGGCCCCAUCAAUAGAAGUCACAGACGAGGACACCGUUAAAAGGUACUAUGCAAAGUUUGAGGAGAAGUUCUUCCAGACGUGUGAAAAAGAACUGGCCAAGAUUAACACAUUUUACUCAGAAAAGCUGGCCGAGGCUCAGCGGCGGUUUGCCACUCUGCAGAAUGAAUUGCAGUCAUCACUGGAUGCUCAGAGAGAGAUUGCAACAAAUGGGAAUGGCCUGCGGAGGAGGAAAACGGUGUUUACCCUAUCACAGCAAGAACGAUGCAAACACAGAAACAUUAAGGACCUUCAACUGGCCUUCUCUGAGUUCUACCUCAGUCUGAUCUUGUUGCAGAACUACCAGAACCUAAAUUUCACAGGGUUCAGAAAGAUCUUGAAGAAGCAUGAUAAGAUUUUGGACACACCUCGGGGAGCCCACUGGAGAGUUGCCCAUGUGGAAGUGGCGCCAUUCUACACCUGCAAGAAAAUCACACAGCUUAUUUCUGAGACUGAGGCAUUGGUCACAACAGAGUUAGAAGGAGGUGACAGGCAGAAAGCCAUGAAGAGGCUGAGGGUACCUCCUUUAGGAGCUGCACAGCCGGCUCCUGCUUGGACCACCUUUCGAGUUGGACUUUACUGUGGAGUGUACCUCGUCUUAAUGGUCACCGUUGUCAUUACAGGAGCUGUCAAGUUUCCAAUUGCUGACUUUUGGCCAAUGGUCAGGAUCUACAGAGGUGGCUUCCUGUUAAUAGAAUUCCUCUUCCUCUUAGGUAUUAACACCUAUGGAUGGAGACAAGCAGGAGUCAACCAUGUGCUUAUAUUUGAGCUCAACCCCAGGAAUAACCUAUCCCAUCAACAUCUGUUUGAGAUUGCAGGCCUUUUGGGGGUGUUGUGGUGUGUCAGCCUGCUAUCAUGUCUGUUUAGUGACAGCAUUCCGGUGCCAAUGCAGGUCAAUCCUUUGGCUCUUUAUGGCUUCUUCCUCAUCUUCCUCAUCAACCCAUUCAAGACCUGCUACUAUAAGUCACGCUUCUGGCUUCUCAAACUCCUGUUCCGAGUGAUGACUGCUCCAUUCCAUCGUGUUGGCUUUGCCGACUUCUGGUUGGCUGACCAGUUGAACUCUUUGGGGGUUGUUCUGCUGGAUAUGGAGUACAUGAUCUGUUUUUACAGUUUUGAACUUGACUGGAAAAAACAUGAUGGGCUAAUCAGGGGUGAAGGUAACGAUGUGUGUAAUUCCUACUCCUAUGGCGUCCGUGCGGUGAUUCACUGUCUUCCUGCUUGGUUCAGAUUCAUCCAGUGCCUUCGUCGUUACCGGGACACCAAAAGGGCCUUCCCUCACCUGGUUAAUGCUGGGAAAUACUCUACUUCCUUCUUUGUUGUAACUUUUGCUGCCCUCUACAGCACACAUAAAGAAUCCUACGCUGACGCCCACAUCUUCCUCUACCUGUACAUCACAUGUUUAGUGGUCAGCUCAUGUUACACACUGGUCUGGGAUCUCAAGAUGGACUGGGGCCUUUUCGACCGCAGCGCCGGAGAAAACACCUUUUUGAGGGAGGAGAUAGUCUACCCACACAAGGCCUACUACUACAGUGCCAUUGUGGAGGACGUGCUCCUAAGGUUCUCCUGGAUUCUCACCGUCUCCCUCAGCACAAUGUCCAGCUUUCACGGCAUCUCUGACAUCCUGGCCACCACAUUGGCCCCCAUGGAGGUCUUCCGGCGCUUCGUGUGGAACUUCUUCAGACUGGAGAACGAGCACCUGAACAACUGUGGCGAGUUCAGGGCCGUCAGGGACAUCAGCGUGGCGCCCCUGAACGCCGACGACCAGACCCUGCUGGAGCAGAUGAUGGACCAGGAGGACGGCGUCAGGAACCGGGCGGGGAAGAAGAGCUGGAAACGCAGCUACAGCAUGAGUCUACGCAGACCCAGACUUGCCUCGCAAUCCAAGACCCGUGACACUAAAGUUCUGAUAGACGACACAGAUGACGACUCCUGACAUCAGGCCACGCCCCUUGCCUGGGUCCAGAAUCUGUUCAAAGGAGGGAACUCUUCCUCCUAACAAGGAACCGGCGAGUCGGGCGUAGACUUUGAGACAUUCUCACCCCGCCACACAUUUUGUGAACGCAUGAAAGCAACAACUCUUCCUUCACUUCCUACACAAACCUUACCUGGCCCAAGUCCUCCGCAGACCUGGGCGCCGCGUCCAGGCAGGACUCAGUAGCGUGGUUUCUCUGCUCUUGCUGUCGUUCAGGUACAGGACAACUUCUACACUUCAGGAGGAGGUCACGUGACCAACAUGGCCGCACAGUGCGCACACAAGAAGAAGAAUGCUACUUUUUUCUGUUCCACUCCAACUCCCUACAGACUUGGAGGGACUCGACUCAUUUGAGAAAACAAUUAAUUGUAACGCUGUUGUCAAUAGAACAGGUGUGUCCUAACCUUUGGGCGGGGGCGGAAAGUCAUAU